AUGUCAAAGAAAGUGACCCUUUCUUCAAGCCUUGUCAAGGAUAUUACCACUGAGGAAAUCAAAGAAGCUAUUUUCUGUCAAGGUAACGACAAAGAACCAGGAUCUGCUGGAUACACACACUAUUUUUUCAAAAAAAAAACAUGGUCCAUUGUUGGUGAUGAUGUGGUGGCAACAGUAAAAUUUUUAUUCCAGCAUUCUACUCUCCUGCCUGUUUUCAAUGCAACUACAAUUGUUCUAGUUCAUAAAAUUCUUAAUCCUAGCAAGACUGCCUUCAUUAAAGGUAGAAGUAUAGUGGAUAAUACUAUUCUUGCCCAGGAAUUGGUUAAGGGAUACGGUAGGAAAUCCAUCUUUCCAAGGUGUACCAUGAAGAUUGAUCUCCAAAAGGCUUUUGACACUCUUCACUGGGAUUUUAUUUAUGUUGUUAUGAAAGCUUUAGAUAUCCCAUUGAUUUUUAUUGGCUGGAUUGAAGCAUGUUUCACUAAAGAUAGAUUCUCCAUUUCUUUUAAUGGCAGCUUGAUUGGAUUCUUCAAGGGAGCCAGAGUUGUUAGAGGGUUGUAUGGCUAUCAUCCUAAAUGCAAGAAAAUUGAACUCACACAUUUAUCUUUUGCUGAUGACUUAUUGAUAUUCUGUAAAGGUAAUGUGGAGUCUGUUGUUGGAGUUAUUGCUAUUUUGGAUUAUUUCUAUGAAAUUUCUGGCCUUAAACUCAAUGUUGCUAAAUGUGAUUUUUUUGUUGUUAGAAUCUCGGGAAGUAACAUUAACUCUAUUAAGCAAAUCACUGGUUUCAACCAUGGAUUCUUUCAUAACUCAUCUGAUAUGUUCUAUUCAGCGUUGCAAAUUAUUGGUGCAGAUAACUUAUCCUGCUAUAAUCUAUUAUUACCAAGAUCGAACAACUCUGUUCCAGAUUCUUCUGAAAAGGAUCUGACAAGGUUGCCACUGGAGAGGGCUUCAUAUGGGUUGCUUGGAUCAAAGCUUAUGUUAUAA